UGAAGAGCUCAGUAGUUGGCUAGUGUCUGUAUACAGUAGACCAUCGUAAAGCUGACAAGAACAGUGGAAGACAUUUUUUGACCGUCUGUGGGGGCAUUCCUUCCCUGGGUCGCCCAGUUCUGGGUCCUCCAGUGUCAAAUCCUCCUAGGACGUUUUGCAAGCUAAUAGGAGUGGUUCAGUUUUACUAGGAAUAUCGGUUACUGCAGGAAUCUAGCCUUUGAGAAAUUCACUGCUGGAAUAUGGCAUUCAUGAAGAUUUUGUUAAUUUUCCUCCCUCUUCUCCACAUUGGAAUUUGUAAGCCAUUCGACGAGGAUGCUGAUGAUUCAGGAGCAUGGGACUGGCUAGGUCCAGAUUAUGGAUCAGAAAACGGAAACAACAACAAUGACAAUGACAUCAAUAACAUCUGGGGGGAGGACACGUGGUCUCCCGGCGUGAGUACCAAUGGCCCGGAGGAUUACAGCGACAAUAACAACUGGUGGAGUAAUAUCUUCAGCAGUGACUGGUGGACCAGCGACGGGAAUACUGACUGGUUCAGCGGGAACAGCGACGACGACUGGUCGAAUGGAAAUCAGCAGAACGGGAACAGCAACAGCAGUAACAACGAUUGGUGGAGCAGCAGUAACAGCGAUUGGUGGCAUAUACCCAACAACUUCACCCAGUGGAACAACUCUGGGGAUUCAUGGUGGAGUAAUAUUAGCACCAUAGAGAAUGGUAACGACACCAUUAGCUGGAGUGUUAACAUCUUGGGGCUGUGGCCUGAGGAUAUCAAUGGCACUACGGUAAAUCAGACGAACGCGAACCCAGCGGGAAACUACAUCAACAUAACAAGCCCGGCAACUCCCUGGACUCUGGCAAAUGCCACAUCAACGCCCUCUUCAGUAGGAUCAAAUACCACAGCAUCAGCUGGAUCGAGUAACAUGACACUUAUUGACAAAUCCCUCGCGAUGUCAAGAACGACCACCGCACCAGGAACAAAUACCACAACCCCUUCCAUUGCUACGUUCACCACAGGUUCAAAUGCUACAAAUGUUUCCACCACUACAGUGGCAUCAUCAUCUACAGUAUCAAACGCCACAACAACAGUCAGUGGAACUUCCAGUACAACAGCAAAAGCUACCGCAGGAAAAUGAAUUACCAAGGCACCAUAAACACCAUGGCACAAACACCAUCAGCAGAAAGAUAAGAAGUAUUAAGAAGAUGGUUGUUUUGGUAUGACAAUAAAGCAAGACACCCUAUCACUUUCAUAGUUUUAUCAGUACACAAUCUUAUACAAAGUUAAAUAUUUAAAAUGUGCUUAGCAAAAAAAAAAUAAAAAAAAAAUAAAAAAGACACUAACAAGACUGGAAAAUGUUGACAUAAUUUUCUCGUUCAAAUGCUAUUAAUUCUAAAAGCUGGAUGACUUACUCGUCAGCUUUCUGUUUCAUCAGGGCAUAAAUAUUACAUUAUUUUUAAAAAGUAAUACAUAGCUACUUUCAUUUUGAUUUUUUUCACAUUUUGAGUAACAGAAUGACCUCCAUUAGUGGCCUGUAUCAUAGGGUAUUGUUAGUUGUUUUUCGUUAAUCAUUUAAUAAUAAAAACAUUUCAUUUUCAAAAAGAAUAUGGAAAUAAAUUUGAAGAAUGCA